AUGUUAGUCGAUUGGAAUAUGUACACCAAACAAAUAUCCUACAUUCUAGAAGCUGUCGAUGAAGAGGAAGACCCAGAGUGGGCGGCGGGUCGUGGGAAAACGCUUGCAGAUCAGGAGCGUAUUAGGCAAAGAAAAUCUGAAAGAGCGAGAAAGGAAAUGGAAGAAAGAGAGCGAAAAGUGAAAGAGGGAAGAGAUGAAGCUCCGGAUGUAGAACGUGAUGAACCUCUGCCGUCAUCGAGCACACCAGAUCUUCAGAAGACUUCAGAGGAGUCUGACGAUCUUGUUGCCCCUGUGGAAGAAAUGAUGGAAAGAGAAGCCACGCCCGCUUCAAGCUCACCACCGGAGACUGAUUGCUCUUUUUCGUUGGCUUUUGUUCUCGAGGCGCCUUCAGAAUCUUCACAACACGAUGAAGCUGAAGAUUCAGAUGGAGCGGGAACAAUCCAAUAUUGA